UUCGCCUCUGCCGCUCUAACAUCUCCACCCUCCAUCGACUCCCCGCCGAUCUCUCCCGCACCCAUUCCCGCCACUCCGAUCCUCACCGCCCCGCUCAUCCCGCCUCGACAAUCGCGCGUCCGCCAGCAUGAGCGGCAUCGGCCGGGCGCUCUACAAUGUGGGCUUCUGGGUGCGCGAGACGGGGCAGGCGCUCGACCGGCUCGGGUGCCGCCUGCAAGGGAAAUACGCCUUCACGGAAGAGCUGUCGCGGCAUCGCACCAUCAUGAAUCUUUUCGACAAGCUGCCCGAGGUGCCCGAGAACGCCUUCGUGGCGCCGAGCGCGGCGGUGAUUGGUGACGUGCAGAUCGGGCAGCGGUCGUCUGUUUGGUACAACGCCAUUCUUAGAGGCGACGUGAACAGCAUCCGCGUGGGCGCGGACACCAACAUCCAGGACGGCUGCAUUGUUCACGUGGCCAAGACCAACCUCGCGGGGAAGAUUCUCCCCACCAUCAUUGGCUCCCGCGUCACAGUUGGCCACAACGCCAUCCUGCAUGCGUGCACGGUGGAGGACGAGGCGUUUGUGGGCAUCGGGGCGACGCUGCUGGACGGGGUGGUGGUGGAGUCGGGCGCCAUGGUGGCUGCCGGUUCUCUCGUUGUGCAAAACACACGUGUGCCCUCCGGCCAGAUCUGGGCAGGGUCGCCGGCCAAGUUCUUCCGCACGCUCACAGCAGCGGAACGGGCGUUCAUCACCAAGUCAGCGGAGAGCUAUGCCAGCCUGGCAGAGGUGCACGCCAAGGAGAACGCCAAGAGCUUUGAGGAGAUCGAGGCGGAUAAGAAGCAGCGGGAGGGGUGGGCCAACUACAGUGAAGACUACGUUUCAAGCGUUGGUGCGGUUGUGGAUAAGCCACCUGUUCCGGGCCCUGUCAAGCUGGCUUAGGCGUGUGGUGUGGCGUGGGCUUGAGCGUCAAUAUUGGACUUACGACACAUGAGCUCAUUGCUGUAGCUGUCUAAUCGUAAGAUUGAUUUCGACUUAGGAUGGUUAGGGUAAUUCUUCCACGUGGCUGCUCUGCAUCGCUGUGUAACAUGUGCUUGCAUUCAUUGAAGAUCGAUUGUACAAAUAGGUAAAUGCCUAGUAGAGCGAGUAAGAUAUUUCCCAAUUU